GAAGAAGAAGAAGAAGAAGAAACGACUUCCUGGUGUGGUAGAGUUUCAUCUCAUGCAGGUCCUGACAGGUUUCACACCCUGAGACCAUCCUUGCUAAACAGAAAGUGAUCACUGCUGGUGUCAUCAGCUGACCCUCCCUGUGAAAUCAUGGAUGACACUGAUGAGGCGAUGGCCACGCAAUCAGACAGCUCCUCCAUUGGGGAAGCAGUAUCUGGUAGAGGAGAAAACGUGCCUGAGGGAGAAGAAGAAGAUGACCUGUACUACAUCCCUCCGAGGAGACCUUCUCUCGACCUGGGAGAGAAUUCAAUGGAUAUUAGCAACCGGCAUUAUGUGGAACAGGCCUUGACACCAGCUCAGAGCUACAGAUCAAUGACAAGCGAGGAGGACUCAGAUGAAAUGGGAGAUGACCAGGAGUGUUCCACAGGGAUCCAGCUGGACAGAGCAGAUUCAUACUCUAGCUGCUACUCCUUUGACAGUGACGACUGUGAAAAAAGAGCUCCAAAGAUUAAAACCAAAGAUGCAGUCUCAGAACCUGCUGAAACACUUGAGUUAAUCCAAGACCCAGAAGCAGUUAGUCAUCCGUCUCUUACAGUGGGAUUCACUCUCAAGGCCAUUUGUAGUACCUUUAAGGAGAUGUCAGUCGAAGAGUUUUGGAGAUUCAAGAGGAUGCUGUGGAAGUAUUACCCGCAGUUAUUCACCACUUCUUUCCAAAGCAUGGACAUGCUGGACCUUGGGGACCGGUUACUCGAGUGUUACAGCCUUCAACUGGCUUUGCAGAUCACCAAAACCAUUCUUGUCAAGAUAGGGCAAAAAACGAUGGUUGACUUUCUGCAGACUUUGUGCAUCAGAAAUGAGGUACAAUACGAUUUGAAAGAGGCUCUGAAGAAGAAAUAUAGUGAAGUAUGUCUAGAUUUGGCCAUGGAGGGAGAAAAGAGGCCCCUUGAUGAGGUCUUCACUAAUCUUUACAUCUCAUCAAACCCAAAUAAUGGCCCAAAUAUUGAACAUGAGGCAGUGACCAUAAAAAGGCUGGACACCAACCAAGGGCCAGGAAAUCUUAUUUCUUCUAAGGAUAUUUUUACCGCGGAAAGCCUGGAAAAUCAGCCACACAUAAAGAUAAUAUUGGUCACUGGUGUGGCGGGAUCAGGGAAGUCCAUGAUGGUCAGAAGGUUAGCCCUUGAUUGGGCUGAAGAACGGUCACACCAGCACAUUGCUUUUGUAUUUCCCUUGUCAUUCAGAGAGCUCAAACAGUUUGAGGGCUCAAAAGUCUCCCUUCAGGACAUAAUACAGCAAAUCUACCCGGAAACCAAAAAAUUAAGAACUGAGGAUUAUAGAUCCAGUGAGUGCAAAAUGCUGUUUGUCUUUGAUGGUCUAGAUGAGUACACUGGGAAGGUUGACUUUGAAAAUACUGAGCUUCUGUGUGACUACGCUGAUCCUACCACCCUGAAAGUCAUCGUGGUCAACGUCAUGAGAGGGCGGCUGCUCUACAGCAACCUGUCUGUGGUCACCACUCGACCACAAGUACACAGCUGCAUCCCUUGGGAUACGUUUCACCAACAGAUAGAAGUGCGGGGCUUCUGUGACCCUGAUAAGGAUGAGUACUUUAAAAAGAGGUUUAAGGACCCAAAUCAGGCGACUCAAGUUAUUGCAUAUGUCAACUCUAUCAAAAGCCUCCGCAUCAUGUGCCACUUGCCUCUGUUCUGCUCAUUAGUGGCCGAUGAGUGCCAGCGCAUAUUUCAGCAACGGGGGACACAGGUAGAGCUGCCAAGGAGCAUCACCUACAUGUACACGAAGCUGAUGCUUGUGCUCAUACGACAGCUUCGCACAGUUAGAGCUUCAAAAUGGAGCCCAGAUGAAGAACUGGAAUUCCUUAUGAAACUUGGAAAGCAGGCCUUGAACAUGCUGGAAAAGGACCAGUUCCGUGUAACCAUGUGGGAUUGGAAAGAGCUUCAAAUCAGUGAAAGGGAGGCCGUGGUUAACAGUGGGCUGUGCACACAAUACCUGGUAAAGCCACACGUCUUGUUCCAUGAGAAAGUCUUGAGCUUUAUCCACCCCACCAUGCAGGAGUACCUGGCCGCUCUUUAUGUGUUUCUCCUUUUUAGGAUCGAGGGGAAAAAUGUUUUUGAUCAGAAAGGGAAAUUCAUGGGGGUGUUCAAGGGUUCCAAGUCAAAGGAACUGUACAAAUGUGCUUUGGACAUGAGUCUCCCGUGCGAGGAUGGCAGAUGGGACUUUUUCCUGCGUUUCCUCUUUGGAAUGGCCCAAAAAAGCAACUUUGAACUUCUUCAGCCGUUCCAUCCCUCUUCUUUAAAGUGGUCACCUGUCGAAGAUGCUGCUGCAGUUAUCAACAAGAAGAUCAAAGACAAGCAGUAUCCCAACAAGGUCAGCAACUUGCAGCAGUGCCUGGUGGAGCUGGGUGUGUGAACAUCAGGUUCAUUGUGUGGUUCAUCUUCUACACACUGCUCAAGCUCAACACUAAAUUCCAAGAGGAGAACGCAGAGAUCUGUGUUGCAUGAAGACAGGCACAUUUUCACUACAUGAGAACGGGAUGUACCAACGUAAACACUAUUGACGACUUCGAGAAUUUAACAGCCAAACACAAUUUGUUUCAGAGCUCCUCUGAUCCACUGAUGUACCAAAGCUGGAAAUAGAAUCUUUUAAAUAGUGAGGAUGGUGUGGUUUUCUGUGUGUGGAUCAUAUGUUAAUGUGCCUUUUUUGUGUUUGUGGGUUUUUUGUUAUGAAAUGCAGGUAUGGUUUAAGACUUUUGAUAGACAUCAUAAAUCAUUGCUACCAUUUCUCUUAACUCCACUGCUGUGGUUGCGAUUACAUGCACUUAAGAUUGGCUGCACAACUAAGCAAAUGGUGAACAUAACUAUUGCCUUGUGUAACAUUUUGCACUACUAAAUUAGUCAGUUUUACCUGCUUCUUGGCUGCUAGCAAUAUUGUGUUUUUAUGGAAUUCAGCAAUCGCUUGGAACGAUGGUCGUUUAUCCUACAGGACUCAAACACAUCCAUCACAGCUGUAGUUUACAUGCAGCUGUUUUUUUUUUAACUUUUAUAGCAUAGCCUGCAUAUAAUUUAUUUCUAAUGACUUUUGUAAUACCUGUUUUUAGCAAAUGUUUCCAACAUAACUGUGGUACAUCAGUAAACCCUGCAUUCUGCCUAUAAAUCAUGUUGGCCUACAAAUAAAUAAAGGAAAAACUG